UGUAGCCGGCAAACUGCAUCACUCUCUGCCGCAGAGAUUUUCACUACUGUCAGAAGAAACACACACAAAAGUUUUACAGCUGCCGAGCGACGCUGCUGAGCCGCCGGAGUAGCGACCUGCAGACUGAUCCCGGUCCUGAUCUGAGCGAGUGUCCGCUGACAGAGACAGGGAGGCGGCUUAGCGCUGUCAAGUUGCAGAAGGUGCCUCCAGACUUCAGACAGUACUCCUGGUUUACAGAAAAUUACAAUGGCUGACAGUUUUGACUGUGACAACUGCAAGGAGUCCUUGUACGGCCGCAAGUACAUCCAGUCAGACAACAGUCCCUACUGCAUCCCCUGUUACGACAGCCGGUUCUCAAACACAUGCGAUGAGUGCAAGGAGCUGAUCGGCCAUGACGCAAGGGAGCUCUUCUACGAGGACCGGCAUUAUCAUGAGCACUGCUUCCGCUGUUUCCGCUGUGAUCGCUCGUUGGCAGAUGAGCCUUUCACCAGCCAGGAUGACGCGCUGCUCUGCAAUGACUGCUACUGCAAUGAGUUCUCCUCCAAGUGUGUGGCCUGCGACAAAGUCGUCAUGCCAGGUACGAAGAAGUUGGAGUAUGGAGGCUCUACAUGGCACGAGGGCUGCUUCAUCUGUCACAGCUGCGAACAGCCAAUUGGCUCGAAGUCUUUCAUCCCUGACAAGGAUGAACACUACUGCGUGUCCUGCUAUGAGGACAAGUUCGCCCCGCGCUGCACACGCUGUAAAAAGACCCUGGCUAAAGGUGGUGUGACCUAUCGGGACGAGCCGUGGCAUAAGGAGUGUUUCGUGUGCACCAGCUGCAAGACACAGCUGGCGGGUCAACACUUCACCUCCCGAGACGAGAGCCCUUACUGCCUCAAGUGCUUUGGCAGCCUGUAUGCCAAGAAGUGCGAGGCCUGCAGCAAACCAAUCACAGGUUUUGGAGGAGGGAAGUACAUCUCGUUUGAGGAACGCCAGUGGCAUCAGGCGUGCUUCACCUGCUCCCAGUGCUCUGCUUCACUGGUGGGCGCCGGCUUUUUCCCUGAUGGUGACAGGAUCCUGUGCCGCGACUGCAACAGCAACCUAUAGAGCAGUCAUUUACCACAUUCUCGCCCAUCCCUUGACUUACCUUUCACCCUUCGUCACAGCAUUUCAAGAACCCCAAGUCAUUACCGAGGAAGGUAACGCAGGCUAACAAAUGCUGCCUCUCAGGUUGUUUGUAUAUAAAGAGAUCAGUUCCUUGUGGUCCCUGAUUUUCAUCCACGAGUUAGUGCUGCAUCGUUUCAAUGAACCACCACAAAGAUUUCCUCUUUUAACAAAAAAGUUAAUGAUUUUAUUCAACAAAGUUUAUGGAGUGCCUUAAGAAUAACAUUACUUAUAUAUGUUAUGUACUAUUGAACCAAAGAAACGCAAAAUGCUAGUCACUUUGCAAAAAAAGUUGCCACUUCAGGUAGAGAUCAGUCUAUGAGGACAAGACACAGAGCACUGCUAAAGUACAGUAUGUAAACCUCACAGUCUGUAUUUCAACGUAUGGUGGAGGUAUGUGUCUGUUUUAAUGUUCUUAUAACUGCAGUUUUCAGCAUUUUAAUUACAAUAUGUCAGAGAGUAAAAACAAGGAGAAAACGUGGAAAAGCUUUGCUAAUUAUGCUUUCAGUGAGGUAGUCAGUUUAUGGUAGUUAUGAUCAUUAAAGUCCUUUGCACUUUUGAUAAGAUAUUCUCUUGCUACCAUGUUAUGUGCACAUAAAAACACAACUAAAAAACAUGGCACACAGACCACUUUUGUGUUAUCUGUAUCUGCUUUUGUUUAAAUUUUGCAAUGACGCAUAGAUAUUCAUCUUGUUUUUGUCUUUUUUUAAAUUUGUUGUAAUGAAUCAUUUUUUUUUAUCACCGUUGCUCAAAGAGCCAGCAUUUAACCCCAAAGAAGCUGAAAUGAAAUGCCGUUGUGUAUUGCAGGAGUAUGCAUGCCAUGAUUUGCGUCAAUAAUUAUUUUGUUGCUCUAAACACUGUUAGUGUUCUGUUUUUCAUUGUUAGUUUGUAACAUGUAUGUGAACAGUUAUUAAAAAAAAUACCUGUAUUUCAUUAUUUCAGCUUUGAUGCUGGUGAGUCAGAGUUGGCAAAUAUAAAUUUUAAGAUAGGAAAUACGACAUUGAGGCGAUAACAGUAUGAACUUACUGUAAAAAAAAAAAAAGAUGAUAAUUGAUACGGCUAAAUACUACAUGGUUAGUUUUAUUUGUGAAGUCCUUUCAAAUAAAUGUACACUGACUGAU